CUUCAACUUUCUUUAGUAACCUCUCUCGUCCCCACCACGCUAGCAGCGUUUUCUCUCUUCACUCUCUCGCUCUCUCAUCACUCACUUGCAAGCUCUAUCUCGCUUCGAUCAAUGGACUUCUGGGGAGUUGAGGUCAAAAGUGGAGACCCUUGCCCAGUAGAACCUGGGGAAGGCAGGAUCUUGCAUCUUUCACAGGCUUGUCUUGGUGAAGUCAAGAAGGACAAACGGACUGAAUCUGUUUACCUGUAUGCGACUAUUGAUGGAAAGAAGCUUGUCCUCGGAACACUUUCUCCUGAGAAGUUCCCUCAGCAGCAGUUUGACUUAGUGUUCAACAAAAAAUUUGAGCUAGCACACAACUGGAAACAUGGCAGCGUCUAUUUCUAUGGAUAUAGAUGCGAUAAUCCAAUAGAUGAGAUCACAACUGAGGAUGAUUCUGAGGAUGAGCUAGAGGAUGAACUUCCAGUUAUUGCUGCAGACAGUGGAAAAUCCAAGUCACAGGCUAAGCAUGAGAAACCUCCUGCAGCUGAGAGCGCUAAUACUGCAAAGCCUGUCGCAGUUGGAUCGAAGCAAAAGGUGAAGAUAGUGGAGCCAAAGAAAGACGUGAAAACUGUCGAAGAAAUUGGCAGCAGUGAUGAUGACUUUGAAACAGAUUCUUCUGAGUAUGCCUCUGAAUCAGAUGAGGAUGAAGAUAGCGAUUCUGAGAAUGAAGGUAAGACUGAGGAUGAUGACGAGGACAAGGAGACUCCAAAGAAGGUUGAACCAAGCAAGAAGAGACCUGCAGAAUCUGCUACUGAAACACCUGGUCCUGAUAAGAAGGCAAAAUCAAUUACUCCUCAAAUUACAGAUACCAAGAAAGGCAAUGUACAUGUGGCUACGCCUCACCCCUCAAAGAAGUCUGGAAAAACUCCUGCUAAUCAGCCAAACCAGCAGACCCCAAAAUCAGCUGGAUCACAUCCUUGCAAGUCUUGUAACAGGUCAUUUAACUCGGAAAAUGCUUUGGAAUCUCAUACAAAGGCCAAGCAUAGUGCUGGAAAGUAAAUGGAUAUAAAAAGAAAGCUAGAAAAAUCGCCAUGGGGUUUUGGCGACCUUUGUUUGGUAUAAUAGGAUAUGAAGAGAGAGCCAGCUGUUUGGUUAGGCUUUUGAUGGUUUCAUCUUAGGAAAUGUAGAGGCAAGUUUAACCUAUAUGGUGUUUUGUUUUGUGACUGGUUUGGUCAUUUGGCAGUUGUUUAAAAGAUGUGUGAUCUUUGCCCAAGGAAAAAGAUGGUUUUACCGGCGCGGAUUUGAUUAGUUUUUGACAAUCUAAUAUUGUCAUUGUGAACUGCUACAUUAUGAUUAUAUCACUGCUCGCAUAUUAUGAUUGUCA